UGCAGCAGCGUCAGCGAAGGCGCGAAUGGAUUUAAAUAGGACGCGUGCAUGUGUGGAUCGAAAUGCUGGACCUGCUAGCUAACCUUUACAGCCGCCGCUAGCUCAGUUCGGUUUUGCAGUGCGCAUCUGGAGGCCUGCUGUGUUUGGACUACCUGUGUCGCUGUGAUUCUAUGCCUGCUAAGGUUUUUAGCGGAUGUGGUUCUUCGAGAAGCUGUUGAGCCAGGCGAAGGCAGACUCUCGUCUUUAGAUUCGGCAGCGGCUUACGAAUACAAUGUUGCACUUCUAAGAGGAGGAAAACCAUGACGACGAUUGAAGACUCAUGAGGAAUGGGCUUAUGAUCGGCUUCUUUGAUGUCCGUUCGAUAGCUGCUUCGUCGCGUCCAUGUAUCUGUUGACGUGCCAGCACUUGUCUCUGUAUCAUGUGCUAUUUGACCCUGUUGCGCGGGCUCUGUUGGCUCUGCGAGGUCUGAUGUUUGUAGUAACAGUAGUUGUAGUAGCAGCAGUAGUAGUAGUAGUAGUAGUAGUAGUAGUUGUGGUAGAGGAUGUAAAAACCCAACGACUGGUCGACACGUGCAACAAAAGGGUGAACAUAAACUGUACCUUAAUAAAAGCAGAGGAGAGUGAAGACCCUCCGUCUCUCGCUAAAACCAAUUUGUUAGCUCCUAGGAAUAGCACAUAUGUGGAAGUUAGGAUUAAGCUUCGUACGCAAGCUCUCAACUAAGCUAAAUAACUCUCACGAUGUAUCCAAUUAAGCAAUAGAAGGCUAGUACAUCUUAAGCUAGAUUUAGAGGUCAAUGCUUAGCUAAGGUAUGAUAAACUGAAAUAGAACAGAUUUUUAUUUGCUUUUGUGCCUGUAAGAACAAAUGGUCACUUACACUUAAAUGGAUGGUCACGCAAUAAAUUCAAGACAAACUGUGACCGUGUGUUAUGGUACGGACGAAAACAAUCGAGAGGUUUGCGUGAAAGAUGCCCCAUAUGGCGAGGUACAGAUCAGCUACAAUUACAAACCCAGACUCGAUUCUGAAAGCAAUAAUAUUGUAUCUAUCCAAACUGGCUACACUGUAUAUGUGCAUGUUGGCGUGGGUAACAAUCUACAUCCAUCAAGUAGACCUGUCUGUUAUCCUAAACGAAUUAACUAUUAUAAAGUGGAUAAACAACCACAGUGAAAAGUGUAAAAGUUAUAAGAAAACUUUUACAAAUUGUCAAUCUAUAUUAAAAUAUUAAAAUUCAAUCAUUUUAGUGAAAAAGAGCCGUACGUGGAAAUGUUUUCUUCAAUUUACUGAGGUUUUGCCGAGUACACUAGCUGCAGUUGCAGUUCUGUAGCUAGUGUACUCGGCUUUUUUUUAAAUGUUUUAUAUUUAAUAGCUAACGUACUCGUAUGUCUUGAUAUAGUUCUAUUUUGCUCCAAGGAAAAGACACUAAAACAACGCUUUGCUUUACCGUUUAUUGGCCUCUAUGAAUCAUCAGUUCCUCUCAAAAAUGACCCAAAUACCAGCGAUGAGAUCAUGUGUAGGCUAAAAAUAGCAUAAAUAUCCUGUUGUAAUUGGAGUUAAAUAUUUAAAAAAAUGCGUCUGCAUAUUGUUGCAUAAGAGUGUAUGAUUUACUUUCAAUAAAUAUAUCGCAGGUCCGUUUUCUUUAUGUUCUAAUGUGACAGCAGACAUGAAAAAUGUACCUUUGCGACAAAUGCAUAAAAUUAUUAGCUACCUUUUUCCGUCCGUUGACGAACUUUUGUCGGCCUCUGUUUCUCGUGAAAUAAAAUUAUCAACAUGCAAAAAAGACACCUUUGCCCAGGUUUACCGUAUUAUUCUUGUUCCUUCUCAUUACGUCCUCUACGUACGUUUGAUCGUAUUCAAAACUUUUGUAGGUCGAAAUUCUGCAUAUUACCGUCGGGAUGGACAGUUACAAUGCCUAUAUUUAAAACGCUGUGUGUCCUCUCUGCGGAUCCUCUAGCUACGCCGAAAUAUGUUCUAAUUGUUGAGCGCUUCGGUACGUUUCGCUGUACACAGUCGACUCCGUACCAUCCACGUUCCGCUAUCUUUUUUCGGUCGUCCGUAAUAUUGUAUCGGUUUAGACGUUGGGUAAGCGAAACGGGAUAGACGAAAAAGGAAAAACGGUGGGAAAGAGUCCAAAAGCUGAAGCAAAAAUCAACAGCAUCCGUAAACAUUGUAAGUUCGGCUAGCUGGCUUAUCGGGCACUUCUGACUAGGUAAAACAUUCUCGAUCCUAGCACGAUAUUCAAAUUGUGCUCGUUCUAUGAAAUGUGCCCUUUGUGUGCUAUCGUUUGUUCGCCCGUUAUAGGAUAGGAUUUGGCCCGUUUGCAUAUGGGGUUAUCGUCAAUGGUGAAAGAAGAAUCGUUGUAGGUUGAUUUACAUUGCACUUAAAGAAGUAAGAUAUACUUGCCUUCAUACUUCAACUGAUUUGGGUAUGGCGAGUACGAAAAUACUGAACUACACUUGGCUGUCACCCAGUUAGCCGUCGGUAGGAUGCCUAUUGCUUGGAUUCUUUUUGCCACACCUAUCACCGACUUAUUUGAACAAUGAGUGUGUCUCGAUGUCUGGAUAUUAUAUAAAAUCCGUCGUCACGGAGUGAGUAGUCGAAGCAGCGAUUAUCGAAAACCUAGACAAGCUCGCUAAUAACUACGCAAGCGAAACAUGUCGAGUUAAUAUGCGCAAGCAGGUUGGGACCGAUGGAUUGGUAGCAAUAAUUGACCGAAGAAAAGAACGUGUCAGCGGUCUACAAGCAGCACAGCAGUGUCGAAUAUUAGACUGGACAAUGUGUUAGAACGCAUCUCUGAACUCACCGACCGCCUCAUUAGGUGUCCCAUUGCCACUGCACCUGGCCUGCUACGGUUAUUGUUGCUUCCUACUGCUGCCAACAGCAUAAAAGUUUCCUUUCUCUAGACACUAUCUGUCGACAGAACAGCUGGGAGUUGACUGAUGGUGGCGCUGCUGCUGCGGUAGCGGCGCUGCUGCUGCGGUGGCGGCUUUCGCUACUACGGUCGAAAAUAUUGCUUCAUCCUGUUAUUACCACUGUUAGCAGUGGCACGGCACAACACCACUGCCGCCGUCAAUAGCCGUAUCCAUUUUGUAAUAAUCGGAGCAUUGCUUAGUAGACACAACAAGCUUCGCGGCGUAAAAAUAAUAUUGUACGCAACAACAGCGACAACGCAAGAGGAGUACUGCAGAAAACCAGAGCAGAGCGGGCUGGAGCCCACCGACGCAGUCGAUGACUGCGGUGUCCAUCAACCGACAAACAACAGUGGAACAAUGCCGACGAAGUAGACGAGUGCAAAACCAGACGAAAAACAAAGAGACGAGCCUGACGUUCACUGCCGGCACGAAUUGCAGAUACGGCAGUAUAGGCGGAUGUUAACAGUAGCUCAGGGCGAUAACCGGUGAUGUACGAAUUGGCCACCAAUGGCCAGUGAAAUAUUAUAAUUAAAAUUGCCCUUGGUUCUCAUCGUGUCGAUGUUGUUGUUCUUGUCGGCUGCUGUCGCUGUGGGUCGCUGCUGUUGAUGUUACGCAGUGUAAACAUGUCGAAAUUUGACGUCUGCGGUGUAUCAUGUCUAGUGGUAAUAUACGGGUGCGUGGCGUAUGCGGAGUACGCGCUAAUCUACUGGAUGAUUCUACCGGUUCUAGCUGACAGUUUAUGGGGCGCAGUGCAUUUCGUACUAUUCAACACAUUCUUAAUCCUGGCGCUGUGGGCUCACGGCCGCGCCAGUUUUGGAGAUCCAGGGGUUGUGCCGCUACCAAAAACCGAUAUCGACUUUUCAACUGUACUACAAAACCGAUAUUGUAACGGUGAUUGGACAAUUUGUAUCCGCUGCGAGACGUUUCGACCUCCCCACGCGUACCACUGCCGAAUAUGCGACCGAUGCAUACGAGGAGUGGAUCAUCACUGUCCUUGGAUCAAUAACUGCGUGGGCGAGUUGAAUCGGAAGUACUUCCUGCAGUUCCUGGUAUACACGGUAAUCACUUGCCUGUACGGAACAAUAGUAAUAGGCAUCUCUUGGUACUUCGAGUCACCAAAAGCUGACAGUUCAUCCCUUUCUGAGUAUCGUCAGAGUCGGCUAAUGCACACGGUGAUCUUUCUCGUGGAGUGUUUGCUUUUUGGCUUGUUCGUCGUUGCCAUUUUCUGCGGUCAGCUGGGCGGCGUCAUGCACGGCCCACAGGAAGGCAAGCUUCCCGCUUAUGUUGGUGACCAUUCCGUACACCAGCAAAACAACAGAAGGAGCAAAUCCUGCCGUGGUAGCAUGCGAGACCUCUGCGGCAGAGGACCGCUUUGGACGUGGGCUAUCCCGUGUACAGCACCGCCACGUUCAUCCUGCUCAUCAUACGAAGUCUGACCUACGGCCCCUGACCGAUAUGCAGGUGCAAUUGCCUUACCACCAUUACAAUGGCAGCCGUAGGGAACGGCGGUUGACCACCGUGACGGUCAUUUACACCCGCCAGGAACAACGUCACUCCACUUAUGGCACAUUUAGAUUACCUUGAGUAACCCAAACAUAGGCAUGGCUGCUACCUUUUGGCAUGAUGACACGGAAGGAUUUAGAAUGUACAUUCUAAGUAAGCAAAGCAGAAAAGCGUUGACACGAAAAUGUGUUGGAGUUAUCUUCGGACGAGCGACAAUUUUCUUGUGGCAAUAAACCUUAGAAUCAUCAGCAUGGCCCCAAGAGAAGCGAGCUAAAUGAUCGAUCCUCGGUUUCGCGUCGUCGUCAUCGGUGCGUUCGAACACGGAAAUAAAUUUUCUGGAAAAUCUGAAGCUAAAAAGUGGAAUAACAAAGCAAGUGAGCGUUUUCGUCGUGUUACUUGCCCCUCUGUACAUGAAGCUGAAGUGCGCUUUUGUAGACAAAAAAAAAUGACACCACUGAAUCGUAGGAGCGAGUGCUCAAUGUAUGGCAAUCUUAACAGGUAAACAUGAAUGUAUUUAUCUCUCUGUCAUGUGAGACCAUAUCG